AUUCACGUGCAGCCGUUUCAAGCGUCUGUCUGACAAACGGCGGCCGAUUGAUCCCAAAAACGUCCCGGGUUUGUUCUGUUUCUUGUUUUCUUUUUUACUACAAUUAAUUUUGACUUUAUAAUAUUUCUUUGCUAGACUGCUUUGCUAUGACUUUGUAGCAUUACAUCUCUCCCCUUGAUUCAAACACGGGUUACGGUCAACACGUCUGGUUUCUUAGCAUCCGAGCCCCCCGCCAUGGCACCCGACAGAGGCUCCGAUGAUGCAAACCUCCGAAGCCGGUCCAGGUCGGCACGGCCAACAUCGCCGCUCAUGUCGGACCCUGUUGCUGCUGCCGACCACCACUCCACAGCCAAUAAUGACACCGAGGUCGACGGCCACAGCUUCACCGUUCGCGGCGUGGUCGUCGGCAUCCUCAUCGGCAUCGUGCUCUGCUUCUCCAACAUGUACUUUGGCCUGCAGACGGGCUGGAUCUCGGUAAUGACCAUGCCGGCCUCGCUGCUGGGCUAUGGGUUCUUCCGCACCCUGUCUCGCCACCUCAAGUAUCCCUUCACGCCGGUGGAGAACGUCCUAGUGCAGACCGUGGCUGCUAGCGUCGGCAUCGUGCCGCUCGGUGCUGGGUUUGUUGGUGUGAUUCCGGCCAUGAAUUAUUUGCUGACGGAGGAUGAGAUGGGGCCGGUGAGGUUGGGGGUCUGGGAUAGUAUUGUGUGGAGUUUGGGGUUGUGUUAUUUUGGUUGUGUUUUUGCCAUGUUGUUGCGCCGCCAAGUCAUCAUCCGGGAGCGGCUGCGGUUUCCCAGCGGCUUCAGCACCGCCGUCCUGAUCGGUGUCCUGCACGGACGGACGACCAAGGCCGAGACCAGUGGGGACGGUAACACCGCCGCCGAGGGCGGGUUCGCCAGCCUCGCAGGCCAACCCAAGCUGCCGCCCAUCGGCAGUGAAGCCAACGAGGACACGACGGCAGGUGCCCAGCCGUCCUCGUCCAACGAGUGGAAGGCCAACGUCCGCCUCCUCCUCAUCUGCUUCUGCAUCUCGGGCGUCGCCACCGUGUCGACCUAUUUUGUCCCCGUCCUCCGCAACCUGCCCGUCUUCGGCUCGGCAGCCGCGGCGUGGCUGUGGACGCUGAACCCGAGCCUGGCCUACGUCGGCCAGGGCAUCAUCAUGGGCCCCGCCACCACGCUGCACAUGCUGCUGGGUGCCGUGAUCGGCUGGGGUGUGCUGUCGCCGCUGGCAAAGGCCAAGGGCUGGGCGCCCGGCAGGGUGGACGACUGGGAGACGGGGAGCAAGGGGUGGAUCGUCUGGACUUCCCUGACUAUUAUGUUGGCUGAUGCGAUUGUCAGUCUGGGCUUUGUGGUCGCCAUGGCGGUUUGGCCGUAUCUCAAGGAGAUGAGCUGGCGAAAUCCCGUCGGAAGCGGCAUGGCCUUGUUGCGCGGACAGGGCACGCGCGGUGGCUACAUGACUGUGAACUCGUCAGAAAGGCAUGACGGAGCACAAGGGGACGGCGACAACGAACACGACGGAAACCGCGGCUACAGCGCAGCCAUGAACAACUCCGACACGGACAGAGAUGCACCAGAGGACCAGGUGGUGCGGACGCGGACCGUGUGGAUGGGCCUGCCGUUGUCGAUGCUUCUCUGCGUCGCCAGCAUCCGCUAUGUGUUUGGCAGCGACCUGGUGCCGCUGUACGCCAUAUUCGCGGCUGUCAUCGUCGCCAUGCCCUUGUCCGUCAUCGCCGUCCGCGCCAUGGGAGUCACGGACCUGAACCCGGUAUCGGGAAUCAGCAAGCUGGCGCAGCUGUUCUUUGCGCUGGUCGUGCCGCGGUCCAACAAGGCGGGUAUUUUGAUCAACUUGGUGGCUGGGGCUGUGUCCGAGUCUGGCGCCCUCCAAGCCGGCGACUUGAUGCAGGACCUCAAGACGGGCCACCUGUUAGGCGCGGCGCCCAAGGCCCAGUUCUACGGGCAGGUGAUUGGUGCGACCGUUGGUGCUGUCGUCAGCGCUCUUGUCUACAAGCUUUACACAAGCGUGUAUACGACAAUACCCAACGAUCUCUUUCAAGCCCCCACGGCGCUGGUCUGGAUCUUCACGGCGCGUCUCGUAGCCUCGGGCAAGGGCCUCCCGCCCAUGGCGGCCGAGUGGGCGGGCGGUGCUGCCGUGCUGUUUGCCGUGUUCACCGCCGUCAAGAUGGUGGGGCCGCGUGGUGCAAAGUGGCAGGCUUACAUCCCUGGUGGUCUGGCUGUUGCUGUUGGCAUGUACAACGUCCCGUCUUUUACGCUGGCGAGGACGAUUGGUGGCGUGCUGAGCUGGUGGUGGAGGAGCGUCAUGGGGAGAGAGGAUACGCCGCUGAUUAUAACCGCCUCGGGCUUCAUCCUCGGCGAGGGCUUUCUCAGUAUUGCCAACCUUUUGAUGGAGAGUUUCGGAGUGCCGCAUCUUUGAUGUAGAUGCAGGAUGAAGCGAUGUUUUGGAAUUCGAUUCAGUGGCCAUGGAAACAGAGAGAUACUACCUUUUUUUUUCGUUAAUUAGAAUGCUUGCUUGUUUGUCGCAUUUGCACUCUUCUUGGGUACGAUCUGGAGUUUUGUUGUUAUGCAUUUAGAUAGAGCAAAUCGAGCAUCCAGCUUGUGGUGUUUCCCUCGCGGGGAUGGUUUGCAAAACAUUCUUGUACACAUUGUGCAACAACACUUUUUGGCACUCUCUGCUCUAUUAGACCACAGCAACCCCAAAAGUCCACCCGCAAGAUCAACACGCACAGAUACAGCUCAGCACUCCCACGACUGGUCCUGAACCUUGCCAUCCUCCCCAUUCCACGUGACCUUGAGCAUCAGCCCGCGC